AUGAUGCGAAUAAUUCUAUUUGGUACUUUCUUUGUUUUGUUAACAAAUAAACGUCAGCUUGAUGCAGUUCGUGAACUUUAUGGUCAAUCUUCUGAUCGGAUACGGGCUGCAAAUUUGAAUAUUGAUCAACUAAAAAAUCCAUCUAAAGAAUAUGCUAGACAACAAUAUAAAUAUACGCGUGCUCGUGAACGUUCUCCUACAUAUGGACAAUCUCGUCGUUUUCAUUUUGAUCAAGCAGCACGUGAUGCACGUGAUCUUGGUCAACCAGCAUCAUUUACAUCACAAAUAACUUCUUCAUAUUAUUAUUCAUAUGGUGGUCCAGGAACAAGUUUAGGUGCUUCAAGUCAAGAAGCAUGUCGUUUAACAAAUAAUUUUUGUGCACGUGAUUAUCAAUGUUGUUCGGGUAAAUGUCGAUGUGUUAGAUGGUCGAUUAUGGGUAAAGUGUCUUGCUAUAAAAAAUGUUUUUAA